AUGACGUCCUGCGGAGGAGUAACCGUGUCGUACCCAUUCGGCAUGGGACCAUCCACCAGCUGCUACUUGCCGGGGUUCGACCUCACCUGCGACAGAAGCCAUCACCCCCCGCAGCUGCUGCUCGGCAACACUGAUUUCCAAGUAGUCAAUAUCUCCCUUGACAACUCCACAAUACGUGUCACCCGAACGUACCCCCUUAUAAGCGCUGGGUCCGACAUAGGGUCCAUCCCUUAUCACUUCGGAGGAGAUCUGUUGGGCGGUUCCCAAUUCUUUUUCGCCGGAGAAGCGCCUUACUCGCUUUCCACUAGGAACGAGCUCGUGGUCACGGGGUGCAAUGCACAGGCGACGCUUCUCGGUCAUCGCAACCCGGCCAUCAUCAGCGGCUGCGCCUCCUUCUGCUACGACAACGACACCGGCAGUAGCAACGGCCUUGGUGGAGGCAAGUACUGCCACGGCAUGGGCUGCUGCCAGGCACCUAUCUCUGAGUCCUUGGACGGAAUGCCCAAGGAGUUAAUCUUCAAAUGGUUCGACAACACCAAACUCAAGGACAUACUUCCGUUGCCCGGGUACACCUUCAUCGCUGAGCAGGGUUGGUUUGAGCAGCAGGGCCAUCUGAUCAUGAAGAUGGGCCUGGAAGAAAUGUACGAAACUCCCGUAAAGGUUCCCAUUCUUCUCGGGUGGGAGGUCUUGCAUAAUGGCUCGUCAACCAAUGCCAAGUCACGUCGGGAUUGCCCCGGGGAGGUAGCCCGCGACCUCUGCAAGAGCGAGCACAGCCAGUGCAAACUUGGGAACAGAGGCCAUACCUGUAAGUGCAACGACGGCUAUCACGGCAACCCCUACAUCACCGACGGAUGCAAAGGUGGCCUCGCCAAAUACUUUCGAGGUAUAAGCAUUUUUAUUGGAGUAGCAAGUGGGGCUGGCCUCAUUCUUUUGGUUCUCAUUAUAUACUUCAUCUCCUACAAAUAUAAGCAACGGAGAUCGCAAAUGUUGAAACAAAAGUUUUUCGAGCAAAAUCGUGGGCAAUUAUUGCAACAAUUGGUAUCCCAAAGAGCCGACAUUGCGGAAAAAAUGAUCAUAACCCUGGAAGAGCUAGAGAAGGCAACAAAUAAUUUUGAUAAAGCUCGUGAGCUUGGUGGUGGUGGGCAUGGAACAAUAUACAAAGGAAUUUUAUCAGACCUCCACGUCGUAGCCAUCAAGAAACCCAAGAUAUUGGUUCAGAAGGAGAUUGAUGAAUUUAUUAAUGAGGUUGCCAUCCUAUCACAAAUCAACCAUAGGAAUGUAGUAAAACUCUAUGGUUGUUGCCUUGAAACAGAAGUCCCAAUGUUGGUCUAUGAGUUUAUAUCCAAUGGUACUCUUUACGAGCAUCUUCAUGUUGAAGGACCAACUUCUUUGACAUGGGACAAAAGGUUACAGAUAGCAAUUGAAACAGCCAAAUCCCUAGCCUAUCUUCACUCAACGGCUUUAAUACCUAUCAUCCACAGAGAUAUCAAGUCUGCUAAUAUACUUUUGGAUGAUACUCUAACAGCUAAGGUAGCAGACUUUGGAUCGUCAAGGUACAUUCCAUUAGACAAAUCAGGUUUAACAACAAUGGUGCAAGGUACAUUAGGAUAUUUGGAUCCUAUGUAUUUCUACACGGGGCGCCUCACAGAGAAAAGUGAUGUUUACAGCUUUGGUGUUAUGCUCAUAGAACUGAUGACUAGAAAGAAGCCAUUUUCCUAUACUGAUUCUCAAGGCGAUGGCCUUGUAGCACAUUUUGCUACCUUGUUUGUUGAAGGUAGUUUGUUCCAGAUAUUAGAUCCCCAAGUUAUGAAUGAGGGUGGAAACAAAAUUGAAGACAUUGCUGAAAUUGCAGUCGCUUGUAUAGAAUUAAGAGGGGAGGAACGUCCAACCAUGAGACAAGUGGAAUUGAGGCUGGAAGGAGUUCUGUCACAUGUGGAGCAUGUUGAAGCACUAAUGGAAGAAUUUGAUGUGAAUGGUACUAUGAUAAAGUCUCCAGUAACUAGAGAUGGAAUAAGUGACCAAGAAGGCCUUAGUAGCCAAUAUAGUAUGGAAGAAGAUUGCACAUUGUCCAAAAGUUAUCCACGGUAG